AUGGGUGCUAAAUAUAAGUCAAAGCAGUUUGUCAAAGCUUUGAUCUCCACUUCGAUCUUAUUUAAUGGAGUGGUUCUAAUUGCCAGCGUUCAGUUUAUUAUCAAUAAUUUGUUUUUUUUUGUUAAGAAUGACACCACCAAAACUGCUUUAAAAAGGACUAAAAAAGCUUUUAUUAUGAUGUUAAUAACAAGUUUAAGUAUCAUUGCACCUGCGACAGUAAGAAUCACUACUGAUAAUUCUUCGAUUAAAAAGGGAACUGUAAAGUUUAAUCCAGUGAAAGGUAGAGUUGUUUCUAAUUUGAAAGAGAGGAGUAUUGUGGUCUCAAACCACCUUAUAUAUACAGAUUGGGUUUAUAUUUGGUGGUUACUAUAUACUUCUAAUUUGAGUGGGAGUAUUUUUUUCCUGUUAAAAAAUUCCCUUCAGUCGUUACCAUUAUUGAGCUAUAUUAUGAACAAUUAUGGAUUUAUACCUUUGACAAGAAAUUGGACGAUUGACAAGUUGGUUGUAGAGGAAAAAUUAAGGUUAAUAAACAAUGAUGCUAAAAUCAUUAUUAAGGAUCAAGAGGAGGUUCAUACUGUUCAGUCAAAUCAAUCAAGUAUAACUGUGAAAUCAAAUGUUUCGCCAAAAUCUAAAUGGCCAUAUUCGGUUGUUCUUUAUCCAGAGGGAACUAAUAUGUCCAAAAGAGCUAGACAGAAAAGUGAGGAAUAUUCAAGAAAGAUGGGCAGAGAACCAUUUAAAAAUGUUUUAUUACCUCAUACCACUGGAUUACGACAUUCUAUUACAUUGCUACAAGGAACUUUGGAUACUGUCUACGACAUAACCAUUGCAUAUUCUGGAGUGAAGCAGGAUGAAUAUGGCGAAGAAUUAUAUACUCUAAAAAACGUCUUUUUCAAGGGCAUUGCCCCAAGAUUAACUGACAUUUAUAUUAGGAGUUAUAAUAUAAGUGAAAUACCAUUUACUAACGAAGAAAAAUUUACCAAAUGGCUAUUCGAUGUAUGGGAGGAGAAGGAAAAAAUAUUAGAAACAUAUUACGAAACGGGUACCUUUGGAGUUCCAAGAGAAAAGGUAGAUGUUAUAAUCGAAAGAUUUGACAUUGGAAUCAAACAGUAUGUAGAAUCUAUUAAUACCACUAAUUAUAAGAACAAUUUUACUAACAAUUCAAAUUUUAUACAAAUCUUAAAUCAGAAAAUUAAUUGA